GAAUAUUCUAUAAUUAUUUUUAAAUAGUUAAUUGGAUCCCUGGAAAUAAUGGAAGUAUAUUAGUGUACAGGUAGCUAGUUUACAUAUUAAUUUGUGGGGAGGGCAAGUUUUGCAGGCCCAUUAGCAGUGUUUUAAGAAGCUGAUCAGUAACAGGAAGCUUAUUCUGUUUCAGCUCUAGUGAUCUCUCUAGUGAUCACCUAAUGGCCUACCUCUGCCUUUGAACAAAGACACUGUAUUGUCGCAGAUUCUGAGCUGCUCAUCUUGUGACUGACACCUAAUUGACACUAUAGCUGGGUGACAUUGUCUUGUUGCAUUUGAGGAAUUAAGCUGUGGAACAAUUACGAGCCCACAAAUAAUUAAUAAGAAACCUAAUCUCUGUAUUUUGAGAAUACCCAGUAAAAACAAAAUAAAAAACAAUAUUAUGUUUACCACGUUGGGCAUGCAUUCAAAUGAAAAUGUACCACUUUUCAUCCAAAAUAUUUGUACUCAUUGGAGGAACAGUUCGAAGUAUUUUUAAAAGCAUUUUAAAAUGGUUUUGGACAUUUAAAAAAUUACACUUGCAUAAUGGUAUAUAUUUACAUGAGAAUAAUCCAAUCUUGCAACAAACAAGGCCCUGUACUGCGCAGAAUGCGCUCAGAGAAAGCUUCCCCCUGCUGUACCCUUGUGCUACACGUCUGUCUGUGACUUUUUCCAUCCCCUCUUUUCUGUUAUUUCAUUCCACAUGAUUACUUGUUUGUCGAAUCUGGAACAGCUAGCACUGUAAGAUAAAUGUACAGAAAUUAUCCCUUUUGUUUUUGUCAGAUCUGGAACAGAUACUGCUAAAUGGUGAUUAAACCAAACAGCCCAAUAAAAACAUAUAUGUUUACAUUACCCAGUUAAAUAGAAAAAAAAUUCCCUUCAACUUUAAAAAAAGAAAAUGUGUUCUCUUUUAUGCACACACAUUACCAAGCUGUACUUUUUAAAGACAGAAAAAAGGGCGGAUCAGUUGACAAACACACAAGGGGGUUGGGGUUAGGUGCAACCCGAUACACCACUGAUGCAGGGCUACAAGUUACCGGCCAUUCUCUGUGGUAAACGUCACAGCCCAGCGGCAUAAACUUCAGUCACAGCCCCAAGCCGGCAUGGUAACCAGCCUCUUGUCAACAUUCAGAGGGUAUCAGCGGAACUUCCAUGUUCGCUUCUCAUGGAUAAAAGCGUGAUCAAAUUCAGCCACUGUAACAAAGACAUUUAUUGCUUCUUUGUGCCGGAGGAAUGCCCAGAAUGUGGAGUCAGCUUCAGUGGCCGGAGACUUGAGGAUGCUCCCAUCAGUAUCCCUAAUCCAUUCUCCAAUGGGCAUAAGGCCCCUUGCUCGUUCCUGGUAGCCCCCUCUGAGCACACCUUUCUCAGGGACUUCAAUGGGGAAUCUGACCUACAUACUGGGAUCACUGACACUAAAGCAUUAUUGCACCCAGGUGUGGUCUACAACUACACAAAGACAGGGGUGCAAAAGGACACCCUGGGAUGGGAGAAGUGCAUAAGCGUGCCUCUGGUUCAGCCAGACAUGUACAGCCUCAUUGAUCAAUGGGACCAGUACCUGGAGAAGUUCUCCUCAGCACAGACUUGGGACCCACAAUGCCAGAGAUUCGAUGAGGAGAAACACAACUGCUAUAACUACACCCUGGCCUUUAUAAACUGCGUACUGGCCACACAGGACAAAAGGGCACUCAGCAAGGAUGAGUUCACACAGAACUUUGUUGUUCCCCGGAUCAAGAGAGCUUCCAAGUACAGAAUGCUGUGCGAGGAGAUCUCCAGAAACUACUUCUACAUUGUGGACAGUCCUCCAAAAGAACCAGAAGAUGGAAACUCUGAGAGAUCAUUUUGACUACCCUGUGACACACUGUUCUCAAACUUGAGGGUGCUGUGUUAUUUGUUUCUUUAUUCCUGAUAUUUACCAAUGAUGAGACGCAACAAGUAUGCUUGAUUGGUACAUUGAAUUUUUGCUACUAUGGAUAAGACCUCGUAGUCAACCAGGGAAUUACAAUUUAUUUACUUGGAUCAGUAUUCAAAGCCUCCUUAAAUAGCAAACAAAUGAAACAAGCCAUGAUAAAUCAUAAAGAUCUUGCAUUAUUAAACAAUGUGUUGAAACAAAUUUUCUUCUCUGAGAGUGGAAGCAGACUUCUCCACAUCGACUCAUUCAAGACCUGAAUGUUGUGAACCUUGCCCCCAAAAAUACAUUUUUGACCAGAACGA